GAAAACACGUGUUGUAGUAAACUGUCAAUAAGAGCUAACCGCGAAACUUUUAUCCAUUCGAUGAACAUUUUUAAUUAGAGUAUCGCAUUGUCAUUACCAUUCGAGAAUGAUGGCGGCAGAUUUUCCCAUCUUAAAAAAUGAUCGUAUUCUGAAAGCUGCAAAGGGCGAAAAACCUGAUAAACUUCCGGUAUGGGUUAUGAGACAAGCGGGAAGAUACUUGCCAGAGUUCCGUGAUUUUAGACAAAAGCACGACUUUUUUGAGGUAUGCCAAACCCCAGAAUAUGCUUGUGAAGUAACCUUGAUGCCUAUAAACAGGUAUGAAUUGGAUGCGGCAAUUAUAUUCAGCGACAUUUUAGUUAUUCCCCAAGUGCUCGGAAUGGAAGUAGAAAUGAAACCUAAAGAAGGACCAGUGCUUCCAAAUCCUCUUACCCUGGAAAUGGUAAAAGAUUUAAAAACAGAUGGUGCUGUAGAUCGUUUGGAUUAUGUGGGCAAAGCUAUAACUUUAACCAGGCAAAGGCUGAAAGGAAAAGUGCCUUUAAUUGGAUUUUCUGGAGCACCUUGGACUCUUAUGGGGUACAUGAUUGAAGGAGGGGGCUCAAAAACAUACAGCAAAGCAAAAAAAUGGCUUUAUGCAUAUCCGGAGCAGGCACACAACCUCCUAAAUCUUUUAACUGAUGUAAUUAUAGACUAUUUGGUAAUGCAAAUCAAAUCUGGAGCACAACUAGUGCAAGUAUUUGACAGUAAUGCUGAGUAUUUGAAUAAACAUUUGUAUUUAACAUUCUGUAUUCCAUAUUUACGAAAAAUCAAUGUAGCGGUAAAAAAGAUGUUGAAGGAGCAACAUAUCAAUGAAGUACCAAUGAUUUUAUUUGCUAAAGGUGGUUGGUACUGUUUGGAAGAACAAGCAGACUUGGGAUAUGACGUUUUGGGGAUUGACUGGACUGUUGAACCAACUUUUGUAAAGAAUAUUUUGAAAAACAAAAAUAUUACCAUUCAAGGAAACUUAGACCCAUGCGCUCUCUAUGCCCCACAGGAAGAACUAGAAGAAUUAGUUCAAAAUAUGAUCAAACAAUUUGGAUCCGAAAGAUACAUUGUCAAUUUGGGCCACGGUAUUUAUCCUGAUGCACCUACAGAAUCGCUCGAAACAUUAACAAAGAGUGUGCAUGGUUUUUCUAUAUGAUUGAACAUUUAAGGAGUUUAAUAAUAAGCAUUCCCAUAUUAUUUGUUAUUAAAUACCUUUGACACA